AUGUCCACGACCUCCGUCCUACGGCCCAUCAUGAGAGGGGUCCUGAAAUCCAACAGAUCCCACCAAACCCUCCCGGUCUUUCUCCUCCCCUCUCUCAUCGCCCCUGUCCAGCAAGCGUCCUCUUUCUCCAGCACGCCCUCAACUCUCUACCCACGGGACAUGAAUCGCAACCGUGGCGUCUCCUCCACCCGCAGAUCUGGUCUCCGCCAGCCUCUCUCCGUGUCUAAAACCGAGCUCCCGAAGCCAGUCCUCGAUUCCAAGAAGCGCAGCAAGGUCGAGGUGGAUCCCGACCACGGACUGUGGCAGUUCUUCCACAGCAAGGAGAAGCCAAUGAACACGCCCGAGGAAGAAUCUGCGCAUGGCAGAGCUUGGUGUCCCGAGGAGCUGAGGGGAAAGAGCUGGGAGGACCUACAUGCGUUGUGGUGGAUUUGUGCGAAGGAGCGGAAUGUCAUUGCGACGGAGAAGCGUGAGCGGGCUAGGUUGGAGGCUGGAUAUGGACAAUCGGAGAGUGAGGCAAGGGACAAGUGUGUGAGGUGGACACAGAGGGCUAUCAAGCAGGUGUUGACCGAGAGGUACUACUCAUGGAGAGAGGCGGAGAUCAUUGCACAACAGGACCCUGAGAUUGAUCUCUCGGGAUCCGGGCCAUUAUACACGCCCAUGGAAUACGAGCAGGACUAUGAGGCGCUUGAAUCGCCUGGAGAGGAUGCCGAACUUAUGGAGGAGCGAGAGCCCGAGCAGACUAUCGAGCCGGACUUCAAGCCGGAUCAUCCUCGUGAGGAAGUGAAGCUAGAACAGAAGACUACCCCUUCACCCAACGCAUAG